UCGGGAAAUCUUGGAUCUCCGGUUGUGACAGCCCUCGUUGACGAAGGAUUCCAAGUGUCUGUCACCACUAGAAAGUCAUCCUCUGCGACCUUCCCUACCACGGUAACCGCCUACCGAACGGACUAUUCAUCGGACGAGCUGCGUAAUAUCGUGAAUGGUCACGACGCGAUCGUUGUGACUCUUGGUUUUGAAGGCUUUGAUAUUCAGAUAGGUCUGAUCGAGAUCGCCAUCGCUGCUGGUGUCAAAAGAUUCAUUCCGGGCGAAUUUGGAAGCGACAGAACCAGACCGCAGGGACGCCGCCUGAAAGAGUUUGACGCCGUUCUUGCGCCGAAACAGCUGGUUUUGGAGAGGUUGCAAGCCGCUGCCCAGGAACAAAAGUUAGAAUGGACGGGAAUCGCAACUGGGCCAUUCUUCGAUUGGGCAAUUGAUGGUCCCUUUAAUUCCUUCGGCAUGGAUCUAUCGAACUCUCGGGCAACCAUCUUUGGCUCCGGCAACGAGCAGGUGACUGCUACCAAUCUUGGUACGAUCGCGCUGGCCGUAGCAAAAGUGCUCCAGCUGCCGGAGAAGACGAAGAAUCGCAUGCUGAGGAUCCGUUCCGUGCAAUCCUCCCAGAACGAAGUUCUUGCGGAACUAGAGGUAGCUACAGGCACCUCUUGGACAGUUGACCGUGUCGAAACAGAGGGGCUGGUAGCUCGGGGGUUUGAGAAGCUCAGUAAAGGAGAUAGGUUUGGAUUCCUAGAUGUUCUCGCUGUCGAACUCUUCGAAGACGGCGCUGGUAGGAGUGUCGUUGUCAGUGAAGAAGACGCUGAUAACGCUUUGCUUGGCAUCCCUUUUGAUACUGUCAAGGGGACAGUGGAAAGGCUAGUCAAACAGCGGGCAUCAUAG